AUGAAGUCCCUGAUUUUCAUUCUGCUCCUGGGAGUGGCCUUGGCUGAGGAUGAUAAGAUUGUUGGUGGGUACGAGUGCCCCAAGCACUCUGUGCCCUACCAGGUGUCUCUGAACUCCGGGUACCAUUUCUGCGGAGGCUCCUUGGUCAACGAGAACUGGGUGGUGUCCGCCGCUCACUGCUACAAGUCCCUCAUUGAGGUCCGCCUGGGCGAGCACAACAUCCAGCAGACUGAGAACACCGAGCAGGUCAUCAGCUCCUCUUCAGUGAUCCGCUACCCCUAUUACGACUCCUGGACCAUUGACAAUGACAUCAUGUUGAUCAAGCUUAGCAAGCCCGCCGCGUUCGACAGCUACGUUCAGCCUGUGGCUCUGCCCGAGGGAUGUGCCGCCGCUGGGACCAUGUGCAUGGUCUCUGGCUGGGGGAACACCAUGAGCUCUACCGCUGACAGUAACAAGCUGCAGUGCUUGGAGAUCCCCAUCCUGUCGCAGAAAGAAUGUGAAAACGCCUACCCCGGCAUGAUCACCUCCUCCAUGUUCUGCGCUGGAUACCUGGAGGGAGGCAAAGACUCCUGCCAGGGUGACUCUGGUGGCCCCGUGGUGUGCGAUGGGGUGUUGCAGGGUGUCGUCUCCUGGGGUUAUGGCUGUGCUGAGAAGGAUCACCCUGGUGUGUACGCCAAGGUCUGCGAGUUCACACAAUGGCUCAAAGACACCAUGGCAGCAAACUGA